AUGCCUUCUGCGGGAUACUUGAUUUACUGCGGCAUUAUGCCCCUUAUCAAAACAUACAUUGGGAUAGGUAUCGGCUACUUCCUCGCAAGAAAGGGCCUUUUUUCUCCUGAAGCAUCCAAGGGCGCCUCGCAAAUCAGCAUGAACGUGUCCCUGCCCGCACUGAUUUUUGCCAACGUCGUCCCCGCGUUCACGCCGUCCAACAUAUCCGCUCUAGGCCCGCUUUUCUUGACGGCGUUCACCUACCAGAUCAUGGGCUUCUCGUUUGGGCUCAUUAUCCGCGAGUUCUUCUACGUCCCGCGCAACUUCUGGCAGGGUAUCGUCGUGCUGUGUGCGAACGCGAUUGUGUCGUCCAUCAUGCAGGAAGCCCCCUUCAACCCGGACACGGAUCCCGCGCUGGGUGUGUCCUACGUGUCUAUUUUCAUCGUCUCGUAUCACCUUGUCUUCUGGGUAGGCGGCGCCGCGCGAUCGCUGUCCUGGGACUACCGUCCGGGCAUCCCGCAAGGCGAGGAGGCAGAGCAACAUUACUCGUGGAAGGAGAAGCCCAUCGGGGGGCUGAUUGCGAGACACGUCCUGCGUCUGAGGCCUGCGGUGGAGUCGAGCGUGGCCAGCGACAAGACGGACGUGGAGUCCGACACCGAGAAGGGACUGGAGAAGAAGGCGGAUCUCGCUGGGGACGCCAUCGACCCUCAGGAUCAAACGCCUAUAGAUGACCUCGCCUACAGUAACGACCCCGACAUCCAGCUCGCGCGGCGGACGUCUCGACUCUCUAUCGCACCUCGCGCGCCGAGCACACAACAGCCCGCACCGCCUCCCGCACUGGCAUCCGGCCCACCACAGGCAUCGCCUCCCGAGCCCGCGCGCUCGACCUUCGCCUCGCGGCUCAAGCACACGCUCAAGCCCCUGACGGCCGCCGUCACGCCGAUCACCUGCGCGCUCGCGCUCGCACUGCCCAUCGCGCUCAUCGACGACCUGAAGGCGCUCUUCGUGGACGUGCGCAGCGAGGGCGGCCCCGCCUGGCAUGGCCCCGACGGCAACCCGCCGCUGGCCUUCGUCAUGGACACAGCGGAGUUCCUCGGCGGCAUCUGCGUGCCGCUGUCGCUCAUCAUCCUCGGCGGGUCCUUUGCGCGGCUGAAGAUCCCGCGGCCGCUCUCGCGCCUGCCUGUCAUGGCGAUGGUGGCGGCGAUGGCGGCGAAGAUGGUCAUCCUGCCCGUGAUCGGCAUCUUCAUGGUGCAGGCGAUGGUCAAGGGCCGGCUUAUUGAGCGCGCCGCCCUCGCCGAGCGGUUCGUGGCGAUGUUCCUGAGUGGGACGCCUGCGGCUGUCAACCAGCUGAUUGUGUCGUCUCUGUAUUCGCCGGACGGGACUGCGGACACGCUCUCGGCAUUUCUUCUCGUCCAAUCUGUUUCCAUGAAAGAUGUCGCGCGCGUCAAACACAAAGAAAUUCUCGCUGAACGACCUCCCACUGAGAACACGAAUACCUCGACAACUACUGAGCAUAUCGUCUUUAUUUUUGCUGCGCUGGACUCGCCUUGUCGUUCCGCAGGUACCGGUACCAAAAUCAUCAUGAAUUUCCAGUAUUUCAAUUUCGACAUCUUCGGCACCCCCUCUAAAGCGAAACUGUUCUUGCUUGCGAACACGACAUCGGCAACUCGUAGGAUGGGUAUCCCUUGA